CCCCUCCCGCCCGGUGUCGCCUGGGCCCCCCGCGCCGGGGCGCGUGCCGGGGCGACCUCGGGAGGGUUUUGCGGAGGAACUCGCUCUCGCCGCCAGCGGGGUCCCGGGGCGCCGGGUCGGCGUGGGCACUGACCCUGCCUCUCUGCGGCCGCAGGUCCGAGUCCUCUGGCCUCAGUUUCCCUCCGACGGUCUCCUCCAGCCCAGACUGCUUGCCCGGCAUUGUUCUCCCCGCCAAAUGGGGGUGCUUUGCGAAGGUCGCCAGGGUUGGGGGUGUUCUCUUUAUCCCGGUUUUCAAACAAGACAAGGCCUCUCGGGCUGACCCCCGCAACCCACCCCUCAACCCCCACUUCACGCUGUUGCACUGAUUUUUUCCCCCUUUUUCUUUCGAGUAGUAUUUUAUUGUACAGGAGCCACGCCCUGGUGUCUUAAAGGCGCCUUGCACUCUGUUUGGCCAUGUGGCAUCCUCACAGCUGGUGUGUGGGAGGCUUCCUGUGAGCCCCCCAGGUUUCCCGCCUCCUGAUACAUCCUCCCACCCUUGUCAAGGAUUCAGGGAUGCCCGGGGGGAAGAAAGUAGGCGGGGGUGGCAGCGGCGGUGCUGCCCCAACUGCGGCUGCCGCCUGCUCAGCUGGAGCCGGAAGCUUGGAGCCCAGCGAAGGGGCCUCGGUCCAGAGAGACGAGGAGCCAGAGGAGGAAGGGGAGGAGGACCUGCGAGAUGGAGGCAUCCCUUUCUUCGUCAACCGGGGCGGGCUGCCCGUGGACGAGGCCACCUGGGAAAGGAUGUGGAAGCACGUGGCCAAGAUCCACCCCGACGGAGAGAAGGUGGCGCAGCGCAUCCGUGGGGCCACGGACCUGCCCAAGAUCCCCGUACCGAGUGUGCCUACUUUCCAGCCGACUACGCCCGUCCCUGAGCGCCUGGAAGCCGUGCAGCGCUACAUCAGGGAGCUGCAGUACAAUCACACAGGGACACAGUUCUUUGAAAUUAAGAAGAGCAGACCUCUGACAGGGCUGAUGGACCUGGCCAAGGAGAUGACCAAAGAGGCUCUGCCAAUCAAAUGCCUGGAAGCUGUGAUCCUGGGAAUUUACCUCACCAACAGCAUGCCCGCCCUGGAGCGCUUCCCCAUUAGCUUCAAGACCUACUUCUCAGGGAACUACUUCCGCCACAUCGUGCUGGGGGUGAACUUCGGGGGCCGCUACGGGGCGCUGGGCAUGAGCCGGCGCGAGGACCUGAUGUACAAGCCGCCGGCCUUCCGCACGCUCAGCGAGCUCGUGCUGGACUACGAGGCCGCCUACAGCCGCUGCUGGCACGUGCUGCGCAAGGUCAAGCUGGGCCAGUGCGUGUCCCACGACCCGCACAGCGUGGAGCGCAUCGACUGGAAGCACUCGGUCCUGGACGUGGACAAGCUGGGCCGCGACGACUUCCGCAAGGAGCUGGAGCGCCACGCACGCGACAUGCGGCUCAAGAUUGGCAAAGGGACAGGCCCUCCCUCCCCCACCAAGGACCGGAAGAAGGACGUUUCCUCCCCACAGCGGAGCCAGUCCAGCCCCCACCGCAGGAACAGCCGCAGCGAGAGACGACCCUCGGGUGAGAAGAAGCCUUCGGAGCCCAAAGCCAUGCCAGACCUCAACGGGUACCAGAUCCGGGUGUGAGGCAGGCGCCAGCGGCCCGGGCCUCCCGCCCACUUCUGGGGACCAGGAUCUACCUGCUGGAACCAGCAUCGCUCACGGCGAAGAAGGGGCUCGUGAUGGGGCAGGAAGAGUGCGCUCCAGCUCAGUGCCCCAAGACCACCCCUAACUAAGUGGAGACCCCUAACUUUGGGCAGAGAGGCAGUUAGUACUUUAUUUGGUGUUUUUAGCUCUGCAGCUGAAGCUAAAGGUAUUUGGGGAAAAUGAUGGGGUCUGCUGAUGGCUGCAGGGCCGGCAGGUAGGAGCUCUGAGUGCCACGCGCCGGCUGAGGCAGGGUUGCCGGUUCUGCUGGUGACGCGCCCUGGCAUCUUGUCCUAUCUGUGGGGUGUGAUGGGGAGUGGGGGGGUGAGGGGAUGCGUUUCUCGGUUCUGCCUGCGCUGGCAGAAUCUUGACCCAGGGAACGGGAAGCAGGGUAGGCACCAUCCUGAGAAAAGUCCAUGUGGCCCUCGGUCCGGAGCUCGGCCCCCGCGACUUCUGCGCCCAGAGUGGGAUCCUGUGGCCUGGAGACCCUGAGGCCCUGGUGCAGAGUGGCCUGGGGCUGGACUGCAGGGGAGCAGGAAAGAACCACGGGUCCAGGGUGCUCAGGCCCCCAACUGGGUCCGCGUGCUCAGCCUCUUGCCUCUUGCUGCAGCCCGGGGGCCUCCCUAUUGAGGGUCUUAGCUGUGCACUGGGUUCUGCGUGACCGUGGGGAUGCAGCAGGCCAGGAGCGGUGGCUGGACACGGGGUGACUGCCUGGGAUCCUCCAGGCCUGGGUCCUUCCCCACGGCUCAGCCCUUGCCGGGGGAAUCAAGAGCAGCCAGGGACAGCUGUGGCCCCGGCCGGCCCCCCUCCUCCAGCAGCCCCUGUAGGCUGGGGGUCCUAGUGACGGCCGGGCCUGCCGCUCGGGCCCGUUCUCCAGGCCCCGGUAGGGAGGGAUCUAAGCGGCUGGAGCUGUCUGCAGCCUCCGACCAGACCCCAGACAGCUGGCACGGAGGUGAGAGCACGUGGGGAGGGGUCCACAGAGCUGGGGGAAGGCUCUGCAGGCUCGGGCGUGGAGGUGUAGGGCCAGGGCGCCGUGUGUCCAUGCAGGAGGGCCAGGGCCCAAGAAUUGGGGGAUGUAAGUGACAGAGGGGUGUGGGGAGAGUUUGGAAUCGGGCUGCCUCGGGGAGCAGAGUGUCCCCUACAGCAGAUAGGCGGCUACUUUGUCAGGAAGCUGAAGAGGGUUCGGGUUAUGGCCGGGUGGCCGGGUGAGCUUAUCAUUAAGGUUUUUGACUGAGAGGUUGGGUCAGCCAGGAGCAGCUGCCCAGGAGGCCUGGGGCCUGGACAGGGAGGAGCUGUGUGCUCCAAGGGAGGGCUGCAGGGCGGGGUGGGGACUGAGGCAGAGUCAAGGGCCCUCCCCAUUAAAGGGGCAGCCGCUGCUCAUCUGUUCUCCCACGUCAGGCCCUGCGUGGAAAGAGUAAUUCCUCAGAGGCCAGAGUCUGGACUUCUAUGUGAAAUCUGCUUUUUUAAGGUUGCCAAUCAGUUCUAACGUUAACAAACCCAAUAGAGGGGAAAGAGAAUGCACUUGUGAACGCUGGAGCAGAGCCAGGUGGGCCGGGGAGAAGUCGGCUGAGGGCUUUGAGCUGGGGAGCCUGAAAGGUCUCAGCCUGGCAGAGGGGGAGAAGCGGGCCUGAGGCUCCUGCCACAGCGGGCAGCUGCCUGUGUCCGCCUCUUGUCUCCCAGCAGACCGGAGACAAACAGAACCACCUGAGUCACCGCUGGGUCGCCAGAGCAGGUGCACUGGCAUGGAAACGGGGCAGCCUUCCCCUGCCAGGGAGAUGGACAGUGCCUCUGAGCAAAACCGGAGGAGGCGGAGCCAGGGCUGCCUUUGCUGCACAGAGCCUGCCAGGGAGAUGCCCCAAGGCUGGCAGCUCUUCAGUCCGGCAGCUGUGCGCCCAGAGCCGGGCCCGCUGCUCCCAGAAGACUCUAGGAGCCCAGCUGGCCAGUCCCUUGCCUGGUCACAUUCUUCCUGGGGUUGGUGGGCCUAACCCCUCCCCUAAGCCACACCAAGCAGAGGGGCGUGGUCAGGGACCCCGAGUCAGCCUUUAGCGGGCGGGGAGGGUGGUCCCAUGUUGCUCCCUCGGGAGGCCUGGGGCUGCACACGCUGCCUUCUGGGUGUAGGUGUCACUCGCCAUCAGGGUGCUGGGAGCCCGAGCCUGCUUCAGGAGGGUCCAGGACCCUGAGGACCGUGCUGGACCACAGGGCCCAUCCUGCAGAACCCUUGGGGGCGAAGGAAGCAGAACGGAGUCCUGACCCGCGGUCCGCCCCUCCCUGGCUGGCAGCCCCCGCACUCCCCUCCCAAGCCGAGACCUCGCCUAGGGCGACCACCACAGGCCGCAGCGGUGCUUCUUACUUUCUGUUGAACAGUUUCCCCUAUGUAGCAGCCCCUCCUCCCCGCUGGGCGUGUUUACACAGGCUCUGCUCCCCGGGGCUGGCCUGGCUGCCAGGGUUCUGGGAGGCAGAGACAGGGACUUCGGGGCCUUAGUCACCGUCCAUGGCGUCACUUCAUCUCACUUCCCAGGAGGGACGGGGCCUGGCCGCCGGGGAGGGAGCCCAGCUCCUAUGCCCUCUGCAGGUGGGGGCUGCUGGCUGAGGAGGGGGCAAGGUGAGGUCAGCCCAAGCCGCCUGGGGAAGGGGAGCUGGGGUCAGCAUCCAGGAAGCUGUCCACCUGCCUGCCAGUCCUCCCCCUCUGCGGCCUCCCCACGUCCCCACACUCCCCUCCCCCAUCAUGCCCGCCACCACCAUCCCUCCCUGGCUGCAGCCAAGGGCACAGCAGGCACAAAGCCGGGGCCGGGGUUUGAGGAGCAGAGAGAACCCAGGAGUUGACCACAUCCGGUUUCUGGCCCUUCCUGGCACUCCCGUCCUGCCCCUUCCAGCUUGGACUUGAUUUCCCCGCUCUGGGGUUAGAUGGGAAGCCGGGCUGGCGGAGGGCCCAGGGGCACCUGUGCCAGUGUGCGCACCUGUUCUUCCUGCCUGCAGCCAUCUCCUGGCUGGGCCACAGCACCACGCUCAGCCCCGAGCCCCUGGCCUUGUGGACGGUGUGAAGGCAGGAACAGUGCUCUGCGGGGGGGUGCCCCUGCCAGGUACUACGGCCUCCCGCCAGCUUCCCCCACCCCAGGGCUGCGUGGUGCUAGCCGGGGGUGUGUCCGUGUCGGCCCUCUCGCCCCAGCCUGGUGCUCUGGAGUCCCAGGUUCCGGAGGGAAGCAGCCCGGGUUGGUGACGGAGCACCGCCCCUCCCCCAGGCCUUGUGUUGGGCUGCCGUGUUAUACUUGACAUUGUACUUCCUGUGCUCAUAUCAGUAUUGCCCCUCCCUUUCCCCCUGACACUUCGUCUCAUUCCUGUUCUCACUUCUGCCCUGAAAUGAAUAAAGUCUCCCAGCUCCGAUGUGUGGGCUGGGCUGGCGUCACGACA